UCUAGUGUCUUCUUCUUCUUCUACCUUUAGACACAGACACAGCAGCCUCCUGUCUCUGCACUGAGGCACCCCGGGGUGUUUGUGAGAGAGACGGGCUCUGUCUAACUGUCAGUGCUGGAUCCUUAAUCCCCUCUCCUUCUCUUCAAAGGAGCCUCAUUUUACCUCUCCUCCUCGCCUCACUUGAGAAGAAAACAUGACAGACGCCUCCACCAACAUGCGGCUGAAGCUGCCGGUGGUCUGCUUCAUCCUGGAGAUCAUCCUCAUCAUCCUCUUUGGCGCCUUGGUAGAGUACGACUACGAGACGGAUGCAAAGAAGUGGCACAACAAGACCCACGCUGACUAUGAGAACGACUUCUACUACCGCUACCCAAGUUUCCAGGAUGUGCACGUGAUGAUCUUCAUUGGUUUCGGCUUCCUCAUGACGUUCCUGCAGCGGUACGGCUUUGGCAGCGUUGGCUUUAACUUCCUGAUAGCAGCCUUUGCCCUGCAGUGGGCCACGCUGAUGCAGGGCUUCUUCCACGGCAUGCAUCACGGCAAGAUUCACAUUGGGGUGGAAAGUAUGAUCAAUGCAGACUUCUGCACGGGAUCUGUGCUCAUCUCAUUUGGAGCCGUUCUCGGUAAAACCAGCCCCGUCCAGCUGCUGAUCAUGGCGAUGUUCGAGGUCACGCUGUUCGCUGUCAACGAGUUCAUUCUGCUGACUUUGCUGGGGGUCAAAGAUGCUGGUGGCUCCAUGACCAUCCACACAUUCGGUGCUUACUUUGGCCUCAUGGUGACCCGAGUCCUCUACAGACCCAACCUGGACAAGAGCAAACACAAGAACUGCUCAGUGUACCACUCUGACAUGUUCGCUAUGAUCGGUACCAUCUACCUGUGGAUGUUCUGGCCCAGCUUUAACUCGGCCAUUACCGCUCACGGAGACGACCAGCACCGCACAGCCAUGAACACCUACUACUCCCUGGCAGCCUGCACUCUGGCCACCUACGGCAUGUCCUCCCUCACAGCACAUGACGGCAAGCUGGACAUGGUCCACAUCCAGAACGCCGCCCUGGCCGGUGGCGUGGCAGCAGGAACAGCAGGUGAAAUGAUGCUGACUCCAUUUGGCUCCAUGAUCGUUGGUUUCCUAGCUGGAGUCAUCUCUGUUCUCGGCUUUAAGUUCCUCUCUCCCAAACUGGAGAGCGGUUUGAAGAUCCAGGACACCUGCGGGGUUCAUAACCUGCACGGGAUGCCCGGCGUUCUCGGUGCUAUCGUGGGAGCGGUGACUGCUUCUGUGGCAACCAUGGACGUUUAUGGAGACGGGAUGGCAGACGUGUUCCCUGAGAUCGUAAAUGGCCGGACAGCAUCGACUCAAGCGGGCUUCCAGGCUCUCGGCCUCGCCGUCACCCUCGGCAUCGCCCUGCUGGGAGGGCUUCUUGUUGGUUUUAUCCUGAAGUUGUCCGUCUUCGGUGCUCCUCCUGACGCCAUGUGCUUCGAGGACAACAUCUACUGGGAGGUUCCUGGAGAAGAGGAGGGCCACGAGGCCCAGCUGACCGACGUGAGGCCGGCCGAGGCUCAGAAGCUAACUGCUUAGACACACACACACACUAACACACACUCGGAGGUGUUGACAUCCUAGCACUUGAGUAUUACACCCAUAGGUUGUACAUUUUUAUUUACAUCUUCUGGAGAGGAAAAAAAAUCACAUUUUUAAUGGUGCAAGCAUCAAAAAUCUCCCUUUUUAGAGUGUUGUACCAGCUCUGACCAGCAGAGGGCGGUGCAGAGCUGCAUCACACAGACCUGAAUGAGGAUUACAUAAAGACCAAGCUGAGCCUAUCUGAUAAAAAUCAAACCAAAGAAAACACUCAUUUACUACAGCUGUGAGUCUAAAGGGAAUAUCUGAAAAGGAAAGUUACAUUUUAUAGUGAACAUGUUUAUUUUUUAGUUUUUUAUUUUCAUGCAGAUCGCUGCAGAAGCAAAAAUGCAUGCAUGUUUUAUCUCCUAUUAUUUUAAGGGUUGGGAUUUUAUUUGUCAUAUUACACUGUAGUUUGUGUUUAGUGAGAGUAGAAAUGUUUUUUGAUUUGAUGUGUCCGGACCUUUUUAA